AUGACCAAAAACGAAAUACCCAAAUACUUCAUUCGUAAAUAUAGUAAUUGGAACAUAGUCGGCUUUUUAAAUGAAUGUGACCUAGAACCAUUUGAGAGAAAAAUAGACGAGUACCUUAAAAGCCUUCAAAAGAUUAAAGCGGAGAAAGGAAUGAGGCAAAAAAAAGCAAGUCAGCUUCUUGACCGAUACCAGAAGGCAAGCUCUUUGCUGAGCCACAAAACCAGUGUUAGAGCGCAAUUAACCUCUUUGAAUCCUAGGCCAGAUCGAAAAAUCGCAAAAUCUUGGGAAAAAGAACGCACACGUAAACAAGUCCAUCUUCACCAACCAAUAAGUGGAACUGUAAAUGGGUCAAUUAACACAGUUAACGGAAUAAUGAAUGGGGGGAAAGUUGGAACUAUCAACGAACAAGAAAAUCCUCUUCUCAGAAGAACGUCGAGAAAAAUAAACAAAGUAAAUUAUGCUGAAAACUCAAAUAGCGUGAAUAGAGUGAAUAAUACCAGCAAGCGCACUUAUGAGGAAUUACCAGAUGAAAAAUCUGAGGUAUGUAAAAAGCUACGAGAAGACCAAAGAGAAAAAGAAGUUGGAGAAAAGAUUGAUGAUUUUGUUUUGAGAUUUAAAGCGAUAAAUACAGAUGACAAGUGGAGACUUCCUUCGGAUAGAUUUGUAGAAGAUGUCUUAUAUGAUUGGGCAGUGACUCACCGUUCUGAAACGUGGAUAUUCUACACUCAUCGCAUUGGUCAUAUUGAGUGUCAAGAAGUUAUGGAUCUGUUUAAUCCGGAGGAAAAAGAAACAAUUUUAAAUACCAAUAAAAAAUCUUUUCCAGGUGUACAAGAUGAUAUAAAAAGGAAUGUCAUGAAAUAUCAUAAGAGAAACGUCAGCGAACUUCGACAAAUCGUUAUGAAACCAUAUUUGAAAGAUGGGGAGGUCUAUAAUCCAAAAUCACAUUACGAUCUGGAGUGGAUUCACUUAGUUUUCAAUAAAUUUGUUAUUGAAUGGGAACAAGGAGUGAAUGCGCUAGCAGAGGAUAAUUUGGAAGCAUGGAUUGUGAGCCAUGUAUGGACCUUUAUCGUCGAUAUGGCAUUAAAGGACAUUGAAGAAACGAAAAUUGGAAAAUCAGAUGGUGGUUCGUCUGCAUCAAAAAUGCGUAAAAACAAAAAAAGAAAAGUUGGAAAAACCGUUAUUCGUGGCAGAAAAAUUGACAUAUUACUAAAGCUCCGUAAUAGCUCAAGAGAAAUAUUAGCUGGAGAAGUAGCUAGAACAGGCGACAUUCAUAAUAAAAAAUAUUUAGGAGAUAGAAUAAAAUUAUUAAAACUUAUGAAAGACAUGCUUGAUAUAAUAAUUGAAUCACUUCCGCCAACAACAAUUGAAAAUUACAGGAGUCUUUGUACAUUUGGAAUACAACUUUUCACACAAUUAAAAGCGCCAAUAUAUAUUGAAGGAAUUUGCGAAUUAAUUUUAUCAAUAAUUACAAUGUUGGAAUUGAAGAAUGCAAUCCGCGGGAUCCUCCAAAUAAUCGAAAAAAUAGAAAAUGACAAAUUAGAGGCCCAAGUUUUUCAGAGAAACAAUACAGGUGUUCAAUUACCACUUGUAGCAACAACACCAACGCCUAGAACUUCGCUCACAAAUAAGAAAAAGUAA